AAAUAACCCACCGCCCAAGAUUCAAGUUCAAAUCCUUUGUUAAAAGACGUCGAGAUUUGAAAUCGCGACGCUUUAUUUAAAAUAAUUUAAGUGUGCGUUUAAAGCCAAUCAUCAUAAUUUCAAGUGCUUCCGUAACAAGUGAAAAGUGUGCCAGGAAAAUUUCUUUUUUAAUCUUUUGUGUUCUUCAACUUAACUGCAAAAUGAAUGGGGAGCUUGUGAAGGAUUUGCAAGCUAAAAUAAUUUUGCACUGGAAUGCACGCAAUUUCACAACUCUACCAAAUGAACUGCAGCAUUAUGGCUCACACGCAAAAGAAAUUUACCUUCGCUGGAACAAUAUUCAUGUUUUGCCUUCCUGGAUUGGAUUUAAUCUCACAAGUCUGACAAAUUUGUAUCUUGAAUUUAAUAAACUCAACAGUAUUCCCAACGAACUGUCGUUCUUAAAAAAUUUGGAAACGCUUCACCUCGACAGCAACAAUUUCACCACAAUACCUGAACCUAUUUUCAAAUUGUCCGCGCUGAAGUGCUUGAAGUUCAGCAGAAAUUUAAUCAAAUCAAUACCAAAAGAUAUUAAAAUGCUGAAUCAUCUGGAAUGUCUUGACAUAUCUGGCAAUUUGCUAAAAUUCUUGCCAUUCGAAAUCAGCUUCUGCGUAAAUUUAAGAGAAAUCAACUUGGGCGAAAACCAAUUAUUAUGGCUGCCUCGGUCUAUGACAAGAUUACCCAAGUUAGAAAUAAUUUCAGUAGAGACGAACUCCUUGCAUUUUCUGCCAGCACUCCCUUUCCGCAGCCUCCCAAUUAUUGACAUAAGAUUAAACAGCAAAUUAAAUUGGUGUUCCAUUCAAGCACUUGGUCAAAAAUUUGUGAAUCUUGAUCACUGCGGAGAGGGGGUGAGCUUAGAAAAAAGGUGCGGAGACUGGACUAUCGUGAGCCAACAAUUUAUUGAAACACGCUGUUCUGGCUGUACGCAAACUAUUUUUCUUCCAAGUGACUUGAGAAUAAGUCACCAAAAUGAGUCAACAGUGUCCUCGUUAGUUGAACUUUCGCAAAGAGUCGUGUAUGAAAAGUUUUAUGCAAUUUGCCAAAAUGAAGACUUAGGAUGCAAAGAUGAAGAAGAGGCAAUGGAUGUUGAUGAGGACUUAAAACAUUUUAAAUUACCAAAAGAAAUUGAGAAGCGACUUGAGCAGGGACCAUCUGCAAUCUGCUUUAAGUGUCAAAGGCCACUCUUCACCCAUGUUUAUCUUUCCGUUACCCACUCGAAUGUGAUUCAAAUUCCCCAUUGCCUUGUAUUCUAUUGUUCAAAAAGCUGUGCUUCAGAAUAAAAAUAAUCAAGCUGCGAAUU